AUGACGACGGUCAACCUAAUUCCUCGCCACAUUUUCGGGCUUAAAGCAGAUGUACACUCGAAUCUAAGUUUCGUCGACGAUCAGACUGUUGCCUAUCCUGCCGGUCACUACAUUAUUGUAUACUCCCUCGACGACAAGCGUCAGAAAUUCAUUGCUUGCACAGAAGAUUCAGAUGGUGUCACAGCAACUGCGCUGUCUCCAAGCAGACGCUUUCUUGCAGUCGCGGAGCACAGUGAGCGAGCUUUAGUGAGUAUUUUUGACCUCAAGACACUCAAGAAGCGCAAGGUGUUGAGUUCGGUCGAUACUCUGGCUCAAAGCUUUGUCAGUGUAGCCUUUAGUGCUGACAACCAACUUCUACUCACUCAGGGAGGUUCUCCAGACUGGAUGCUGACGUGCUGGAACUGGUCGAAAGCCAAAUUGGUGGCCAAUAUCAAGACCCCUUUACUUGUCAUGGCACCCCGUACAUCUUUAAGCUUAGACCAGUCAUCACUGUCCACGGCAAUUGAAGACAUCGCUCUCUCGAAGACAUCGCUAUUUGAUGUAAAUGUGAUGGCAGAGGAUACGAUUUCAAAUAAUUCACAACAUCAAAUUUCUGCGUGCUCAUUCAGUGAUGUGGAUUCUGGAUUGGUGUGCGUUACGGGAGUGGCACUUAUUCGCUUCUUUCGUGUGCUUGAAAAUUCCUUCUGCCCGUUGUCCAGCCCUCGAAUGGACGAUUACAAUUUUCUCGCUCAUGCAUGGUUGAAACAGCGUAACGAUCAUUUGGUUGCUGGGUCUGCUGAGGGAGAUCUUUUGCUUUUUCAUGGUGGAGAAUUUGUUACGCGUUUAAAGUCAUCGCCAGGACCUGGAAUAGCUGUCCACACAUUGACUGCAACCACCAAAGGACUUCUUUGUGGGCUUAGUAAUAACACAGUCGCGGUGCUUGAAAUGCUUUUGGGUGAUACUGACGAACAGUAUGACGCAAUAUCUACUGAAGACGAAUCAAACUUGAUGUCAAACAAUUUUGCUGGGAUACUAAGUCUGCAGCGUCUCGUCCGGGUAGACACUGGUUCAGGCUACAUCGCAUCAAUUGCAGUCAGCCCGAACGAGGAAACAAUUAUAGUCGCCACCUCUCAAGCCCAGCUUCUCACAUUUUCGUUCCAAAGUCACACACCAGGAUUAAAUGAUAGUGCUUCAGCCUCCAAGUUAGUGGCGGAUGAGGCCGUUGCACUUGUUGGUGCUAAUCUAAGUGGCGCUUCGAGUGUCGUUGCAUCUAACAGUGCAAGUGCACCUAGUGAAGAUGUCGAGUACUUGAUUACAAGCUUUCAUCAGCCAAGCGAUCCGAUUUCCAAUAUUGGGCCAGGCGGGUCUGCCGGAGGUUGUAGUAGCGGCGUGUUGCACGUGACUGGUAUGGAUGUGUGUGUACGUAAACCACUCCUCGUGACGUGUGGUCUGGAUCGAACUGUUCGUGUCUGGAACUAUAUCGACCGCACCUGUGACGUGGCCAAACUUUUUAAUGAGGAAGCUUUUAGUGUCGCUUGUCAUCCGUCUGGUCUUCACUUGCUGGUUGGCUUUGCGGACAAACUUCGCCUACUGAACAUUCUGAUGGAUGACAUCCGCUCCUUUAAAGAAUUUUCAGUGAAAGCCUGUCGCGAGUGUCACUUUAGCUCAGGGGGACAUCUUUUUGCAGCGGUCAAUGGGAAUACAAUUCAAAUUUUUUCUCUUUUUACGGGCGAGUUGGUUAAUACACUUCGUGGCCACAAUGGAAAGGUGCGUAGUCUUUAUUGGAAUUCAGAUGAUUCCACGAUCGUAUCUACUGGGCUUGAUGGAGCAGUUUAUCUAUGGAAUGUGGAUGGGGCAAAGCGUGAAGUAGAAUUUGUGCAAAAAGGCGUGUCGUACAAUUCAGCACUCUGCAACCGUGAAGGCACCGCAAUAUAUGCGGUAGGAAGCGACCGGCUACUUAAGGAGAUCGAGCUUCCGUCUUCUCAAUUGAUUAAUGAGCAUGUGUGUCAAGCAUCGUUGGGUCAAUUGGCCUUGUCUAGAUCGCAGCGCUUUCUUUUUGGCGCUGGAGCAGAAGCUGAUUGUCCAGGCGCCAUACGGGCUUUCAAAGUCCCACUAACGGGAGACUCGACGGAGUUUCAAUGCCUUAGUUCUCCCGUCACACGUUUGCGGUUGUCUUUUGACGACCAAUUUCUCUUUGCUACUGGGGAGGAUGGUGCGGUGUGUAUUUUUGAGAUUCGAGACAAGGAAGGACGUCUACGACAUACCGGCAUGGAUGGGAAUCUUGCUUCGAUGAAUGGUGCAGUUGAAGGCAGCAUCGCCGGUGUGCCAUUGCACAAUCAUGAAAGCAACGGAAGACAUGGAGGUAGCAUGAUUUUGUUCUCCGAAGAGGUUUUGGUGACCAAGUCAGAUUUAGAAGAAAAAAAUACGUUGAUGCUGGAAUUGAAAACCAAGGUGGAUGAGCUUAUGCUUCACAAUGAAUAUCAGUUGCGACUCAAGGAUAUGACCUAUAAUGAAAAUUUAAAGGAUCUGACAGAAAAAUUUACGCAUCAAAUAGAGCUAGAGAAAAGCAAGUACGAGAUUCUUAGAGAGGACAAGAAUGAUAUCGAGAUGGAAUACGAAGAGAAGAUCAAGCAGCUGGAAGAGCACUACUUGCAACAAAUGCAGGAAUCAGAGGCUGUAUAUCAGCAAAAAAUAAUGAAAGAAGUGGAGCAAUACCAACAAGCGCUCACCCAGCGUGAGGCACAAUGUCAACACUGGAAAAACGAACAGAAUCGACUCGUGAUUGCACAUGAUAAUUACGUAGCUGAAGUGACUGAAGAUUUUGAAAAACGUCUUAAUGAAGAUCGUCAACUGCGCACGCAAAUUGAGGAAGAGAAGAGGGACCUUGAUCGUGAGUAUUAUGAAACGGUGGCCCAGGUCGAGGCGGACGUAGAUGAAGAAAUUGAAGCACUCAAAAAGAAAUAUGAAGACAAAUUGCAAGCUGAACGUGAAGCAACGUUACGGCUAAAAGGUGAAAAUGGUAUUAUGAAAAAAAAAUUCUUAGCUCUCCAAAAGGAUAUUGAAGACCAACGUGAUCAAAUUAAGGUGCUACUGGAAACUGAAAAAGAAUUAAUUGAGGCCAUGAAAAGUUUUGAAAAAGAGAUUUACGCACUCAAACGAGAAAUUCGAGUGCGCGAUGAUACCAUCGGAGAGAAGGAAAGGCGGAUUUACGAUCUCAAAAAAAAGAAUCAGGAACUCGAAAAGUUUAAGUUUGUUUUGGACUACAAGAUUAAGGAGCUCAAGAAGGCAAUCGAGCCACGCGAAAAUGAGAUUCGCGAUAUGAAGAAUCAAAUCAAAGAGAUGGAUCAAGAGUUGGAGCUCUUUCAUAAGAGCAAUGCGCAGCUCGAUGUGCUUAUUGGUGAGCAACGUCAGCGAAUUAAUAUUCUACAAAAGGUUAUGGCGGGCCACCGUCAGGUUUGGAGCGAUCAGCAAACAUCGAUGAAGCGCUUUCGAGGUGACCUUCACGAAUGCGUACGACAUCUCCAGUCACCCAAGGAGUUUGCAUUUUUGAUCGCGCAGCUAUACAACAAGUACGUCAACACGAAUGAUGAAUUUGGCAGUGUAGGUGCAGGAGGAAAUGUCGAAGUUGAAAUUCAGCUCGAGUAUGCGCAGCAGAAGCAAUAUCUUGAAAAGUCUGUGCUUGCCCUCAGAUGCAAGUACGCAGCUCAUGCGCAAGAGCAUCAGCGAGAAAAUAUGCGUGCUACGUCAAAUAAUAUGUUUCUUGUUCGUGAAAUAAAUGAUCUACGAAGUCAUCUCUUUGCUGCCAAGCAAAAUCUUCAAAUGGAACGGGCAAUGCUGGUAACUUCCGAUCUAAUGACAUCAGUGAACGGACAAAAGUUUGAUGAAACGAAUUCUCUGACCGCAGCACUAGAAGUAGCAGGAGGAAAUCCGGAUGUACUCUUAGCGAACCAGAAAGUUGAAAUUGAAGAAUUGUGUCGGGCUAUAGAAGCUCUCGAACACAAACUGGUAGGAGACGAACUAGAUGGUACGAAAUCUAAAGAUUUGUUUCCACCGAUUGGACGUGCUGUGGAUGGAUAG